GUGUGAAGCCGUAAAUCCCAUGAAUCCAUCAUGAAGUGGCACAUCCUAGCGCUUCUGUCCGCAUUCAGCCUUGCUGCGGUGUUUGCCCUUCCGGCAAGCUAUCACUUUGGCGGUGGUGGCGGAUUCUCGUACAACGGAACCGGUCCCAGCUUUAACUUCUCCGUCGAUGGAAACGACACCGAUGGGUUGCCGGAUUUUGGACGCUUUCUGCCGAAUCUGACGCUUCCCAGCUUUCCAUCGAUUUUCCCGAACUUCAGCAGCGGAGGAGGACAGCAAGCUGGCGGAUUGCCGGAUUUUGGACGCUUCCUGCCGAAUCUGACGCUUCCCAGCUUUCCAACGAUUUUCCCGAACUUCAGCAGCGGAGGAGGACAGCAAGCUGGCGGAUUGCCGAAUUUUGGACGCUUCCUGCCGAAUCUCACGCUUCCGGGAGGAUCUUCGCCACGGGUGCCAUCGUUUGGUUUGCCCUCGUUCGGAUUACCAUCGCUCGCGAACUGGACCAGCGGAGUUUCGUCGCUUUUCCCGAGCUUUGGCAAUGGAGCACAAGCUGGGGGACAAGCGGGAAGGCAAGCUGCUGGGGGUGGUUUUCCGUUCUUCGGCAGCGGUGGAUUCCCUGCGUUCGGUGGUGGCAGCAGCGGGCAAGGGCAAGGGGACGCUGGUAGCUUUUCCUUCUCGGCUAGCGGCCAGCAAGACGGUGGUUUUCCAUUUUUCGGGUAGCCUGUGUAACGCGCAAACAAUUGUAUAUGAUACGGAAUAAAACGAUAAAGCAUUCAGAAAAAAAA